CCCGGACGAUGCUCAAGUCUCGGCUCCGCAUGUUUCUGAACGAGCUGAAGCUGCUGGUGCUGACGGGCGGGGGGCGGCCCCGGGCCGAGCCGCAGCCCCGGGGGGGGCGGGGAGGCGGCUGCGGCUGGGCGCCCUUCGCCGGCUGCUCGACCCGGGACGGCGACGGCGACGAAGAGGAGUACUACGGGUCGGAGCCGCGGGCCCGGGGCCUGGCCGGCGACAAGGAGCCGCGGGCCGGACCCCCGCCGCCGCCCGCGCCGCCGCCGCCGCCUCCGGGCGCGCUGGACGCCCUGUCGCUCAGCAGCAGCCUGGACAGCGGGCUCCGAACCCCCCAGUGCCGAAUCUGCUUCCAGGGUCCGGAGCAGGGGGAGCUCCUGAGCCCCUGCCGCUGCGACGGCUCAGUGCGCUGCACACACCAGCCCUGCCUCAUCCGCUGGAUUAGUGAGAGGGGCUCCUGGAGCUGUGAGCUCUGCUACUUCAAAUACCAGGUCCUGGCGAUCAGCACCAAGAACCCGCUGCAGUGGCAGGCCAUCUCCCUGACGGUCAUCGAGAAGGUCCAGAUCGCAGCCAUAGUCCUGGGCUCGCUCUUCCUCGUCGCCAGCAUCUCCUGGCUUGUCUGGUCCUCACUCAGCCCUUCAGCCAAGUGGCAACGGCAGGAUCUGCUCUUUCAGAUCUGCUACGGCAUGUACGGCUUCAUGGAUGUCGUCUGCAUAGGCCUCAUCGUCCACGAAGGCUCCUCCGUCUACCGCAUCUUCAAGCGCUGGCAGGCAGUGAACCAGCAGUGGAAGGUCCUGAAUUAUGACAAGACCAAGGACAUAGGAGGAGAUGCAGGGGGAGGGACGGCAGGGAAGCCGGGCCCCAGGACCUCACGGACGGGCCCCCUCUCUGGGGCUACCAGCCGCCCCCCGGCUGCCCAGCGCAUGCGGACGCUCUUGCCUCAGCGCUGUGGUUACACAAUCCUGCACCUCCUUGGACAGCUGCGGCCACCAGAUGCCCGUUCCAGUUCCCAUUCUGGCCGAGAGGUUGUCAUGAGGGUCACCACGGUCUGAAACUGAAUUCCAGGAGCAGGGAUCUUGAGUCGAUGCAUCGGCCAGAGAUAACCUGUCAUGGCUGCUGGAGGUACCACCUGGACAAGGUGUUUGGGGCACACUGCCCCCACCACUGAGGAUCUCUGUGGGCAGCCUCAAGCUGGAGACAUUGUCUGGCCUCUACUACCCACUGGGUGGAGACACCUGGAUGACAUUCCAGUCCCCACCGAUAGCUCCUCACACUCAUCCUGGGGCAGCCAGUGGGCAGGUGGGGAGAGCACCUUUUCUUCCCUAGAGAACCGUCCUUACCUCAGCUCCUAGGGCCUCCAGCCCCCCAGCUCCACCAUGGUGACUUGGUGAAGGGGGACCAGUGCCAGAAGAAAGGGGUUGUAGACCCCCCAUUCCCCACCCCAUGGCCACAGGGCAGCUGGCAAUAAGACUAGUAUACAUUGACCUCCCGUUCCCUGCAUGAGGGCGGGGGGACCUCCCCCUGCUCCACCCCCCAUUGCAUGGGGGGAGGGCAUAAAGAAUCAUUUAUAUGCACGUGGAGACUCCUUUCUCAUCUGGGGCUUUUCUGGAGGGUUGGGAGGUGUGGGGAGGUUUCUCUGCAGGGGUUGCAAAUCCCAAAUGCAGCAGUGGGUUCUGAGCUGGAGGUGUGACUCCCACUUGCUGGCGAAUAAUUCACAGUGGCUGCUAGGUGGCAGUGCUCAGAGGUAUCUAAGGGGUGGACCUGCCACCUGCAAGUUGUAUGAUUUAGAAGAAAAAAAAAAAUCUCUCCGCCGUGGUUUUCCUGUCUACCUCAUAGGGUUGGAAUGAGGAUAAAUGAGGGACAGGUUG